UGCUGCCUGGUCCCUGCGUGCCCUGCGUGCGGCAGCUCUUUGCGUGUGCGUAGCGCGUCUACCUCCCUUUCCGAGUCCUCGGCCGCCAUGGCGCCCGUGAAAAAGCUUGCAGCGAAGGGGGGCAAAAAAAAGAAGCAGGUCCUGAAGUUCACCCUUGAUUGCACACAUCCUGUAGAAGAUGGAAUCAUGGACGCUGCCAACUUCGAGCAGUUUCUCCAGGAAAGAAUCAAGGUGAACGGCAAAGCCGGGAAUCUCGGUGGAGGGGUGGUCACCAUCGAAAGGAGCAAGAGCAAGAUCACCGUGACUUCCGAGGUGCCUUUUUCCAAAAGGUAUUUGAAAUAUCUCACCAAAAAAUAUUUGAAGAAGAAUAAUCUGCGUGACUGGUUGCGCGUAGUUGCUAGCAGCAAAGAGAGUUAUGAA